GGUGCCAUUUUGAAAUCGAUCUUGAGCUGCUAAUCUUGAGUUCGCGAAAUUGUUUAGUUUUGAUAAAUAUUUAACUAGGUACUAGCAAUAUUUACCUGAAAAGGAAUAAAAGUAAAAUAUAUGAAGGAUGCGGAGCCGUAUAAGGUGAUUUUGCAGUUCUGUAUGACGAAACCGCAACCAUGAAGAACGUGAAGAACAACUUGCAGAACAAAGCCAACCGGAGUUACCGGAGGAGUAAGGAAAGGACCAAUUUUCGGCAAAAGUAUCAGGCCUCAACUUUACGCUCAUUGAUAGACCUGCAGUUGCUCUCAAUCAGAGCAUGGGAGCUGGGCUAAGAGCAAAAAACGACGUGAUUGGCACAGAGAAUGACGGUGAAAGGGUAGUUUCUGUCAACCGUAAUGAUGCUGGUGGCAGUGGUGUUAGUAUCGACUCUGCAAGUGGUGAGGACGCUGUCGCGUUUGAGGUUGGCGUUAGCUCUAGACUAGACGAUACUGACACUGUAAGGUUGAGUGUGGGAAUUAAAAGAAAGUCCGACGAAGAUACUGACACUGCAUGUAGAAUGGACGAAAACAUGCUGGGCGAAGGCUUUGAACGCGAUGGCUCAAGUGGGAUUGACGUGAAUAUCAUUGCUGGAAAUGCUGGUAGAGGAGACGAAAAAACAAUCGAAGAAGCCUUCGAACUCGCUGGUUCAAGUGUGGUCGACGUGUGUAUCAUUGCUGAUACAGCGAGUGCAGGAGACGAAAAAACGAUUCACCGAGACUCUGGAGGCGCUGGCCUUAGUGGGAUUGGCAGGUCUAUCGUUGCUGAUGUUGCAAGAGUAAAAGGCGAGAAAACGUUCAACGGAUCCCUCAGAAGUGCUGGUCCAGGUAUGGUCGCCGAGUCUAUCGGUGCUGAUACUUCGAGUGCAGGAGACAGAAAAACAAUUUACCAAACCUUUGAAGCCGCCGUCCCAAAUCGGAUUCACGUGUCUACCGUUUCUGAUACCGCAAGUGAAGGAGACCCAAAAACGCUACAAGAAGCCUGCGGAAACGCUGGUACAAGUGGAGUCGGCGUAUCUGUCUACUCUGAUAAUGCUAGUAGAUUAGACGAAAAAAACAUUGGAGAAGCUUUUGCAGGUACUGGCCCAAGUGGAAUGGGCGUGUCAAAAGCUAGCAGAUGUGGAGCUAUAGCAGAAGAGGUUGAAAUUAUUGAUAAUGCUGACUUCAGUGGUACCGAACAGCUGGCAAAUGCUACCAUUAUGGAUGUCGGAAGUUGUCCUUCAAUAGAUAGUGUAGAUGGCACUGUUUUUGUUCCUAGCGUCAACUCAACGGGUUCUAGAGCUUCAUCCCGAAAGCGAUCAAUAGCCGCGAACAAAUCGAAGGUAUCAGCAAAAAACCAAAGAUUUACAUCGGUUGAAAUUGAGAAUUUAGUGUUUGAAUCGGAUGAUAGUAACGAGGAUGAAGAAGGCCAAGUCUCUGGAAACGCUGGUCUAAGUGGGAUUGCUGUGUCAAUCGUUGGCGAAGUUAAUGAUUUCGGAGGAGAUAUUAAUGUCGUCAAUGAUGCUAUUUUAAGUAAUUUCGGUGCAGCAGAAGCUAAUGGUUUGAAUGUUGGAGUUGGUACAGUAAUAGAUGUUAUAGAUGACACUGUUGCAGCCGCUAGCGGCCACUCAACGGGUUCUAAAGCUUUAUCCCAAAAACGUUUAAUUUCUAAAAACAAGUCGACGGUGCCAGCAAGAAUCCAAAGACUUACAUCAAAUGAAAUUGAACACCUAGUGUUCCAAUCGGAUAAUAGCGAUGCGGAUGACCAGAUGGACCCCAAGCAAAUGAAGCGUACUAAAAUAAACGUGGAAGGUGACGAUGACACUGAUGAUCCCAGUGGCGAUAGCAGUGGUUCAGAUGACGGAAGAAGUAUCGACAGUGAUAGUAAUAGUAGCGACGAAAGUGACGAGGUCAGCAAUGACAAUAGCGACGAUAGCGACGACACUGUCGAUAGCAGUGAAAGCGAUGACCUUAUAUUUGAGGAGAGUGAGAAAGACAUUGACAGCAUUAGGAGUACAUCCGUGGAAUGUAAUCGAAACGAUGCUUUAACGGGUACCGCGAAAAAUGGAUCAAGUGCUCAACAAAAGCAAACAAACAUUUUAUCGUUUUUUAUUGAUACUCGGAACUUGGAAUUUUGGUCAAUGGAAGGAGAUGCAAACGAAAUAUAGUUGGCUAGACUAUUCCAACGGAGGUUUAGGCUGCAUUAUUUGCAUCGAAGCAAACCAAGCAUCUUUCCAAAGACUUAAUGGUCAGCAUAGUACACCGUGGCUGACAUACAACAUUAAGCCAAGUAACACCGCUAACACCGCUUCGCAAUCUAGAACGUUGCGUAACAAAAUUUUUAAACACAAGAAUUCAACUACCCA